AUGUCGUGGAUAUCGGAUAUCUACGUCACUGUAGCAAUGGUAUUCAUCAAGCUCAUGGUAUAUGCAUAUGAGUACUUGACGCUACCAAUUUAUUUCAUGUUCAGCAAGACUGAGUAUUUUAUGCCAUUCCCUGAAGACGAGCAAACUUAUUUUAAAAAGUUUGCUGCCGAGGAGUCGCGAACUCUAAGCCUUCCAGUGGUCCAGGGCGAUCCGAGCUCUCCAUGGCGUGCUGUGGAGUACAUUGACAGCCUGGCCACUGUUGCACUGCCUGGAUGUCCUACUCUUGCUGACCUUUGGCUUCGUACAAUUAAGUUGUGGCCAAACAAGCCCGCUCUUGGUACCAGAGAAAUCUUGGAAACUGACUAUGAGGUCCUUCCGAAUGGUAAGAAAAUGGUAAAACUUACCAUGGGUGAGUAUGUAUGGGAAACGUAUGUGGAAGCUGAGCGUCGUGUCUCAGCUCUCGCAAUGGGACUGUGGAACCUAUUGGGCCCUCUUGAUGAAAGUAAGAGAAAUGCUGAUGGUUUUCCCACACCGCUCGUCCUCUUUUCUGAAACACGUGCCGAGUGGCUCUACGCGGCGCAAGCGUGUUGGCGUCUCAAUAGGCCAGUAGCCACCCUUUAUUCCAGUCUUGGUGACGAUGCUAUUGUCCAUGGGCUGGAGCAGACUGAGGCUUUUGUCGUCUUCACCAGUGAUGAACUCCUCUCUAAGGUCGUAAACUUGUUGCCACGCUGUCCUCUUGUGAAAUACGUCAUCUUCUUCUCAAAUGGAGUCAUCCAAAAACACACCAAUAAGGACAUUGAGGACUUAAGUCGAUUCAACGAGACAGCCCGUCUUUCUGUCGAGGCAGCUCGAAAGGCUAUACCUGAAGGUGUCAAGUUGUAUGAUAUCCUCGAGCUUGAAGAACAGGGCAGGAGUGCCUUUCGUCGGGAAAAUCCUACAAAUACUGGAGCUCUGGUUAACUGGCAGCCACCGGUUGAGGAGCGCCCCAAACCCAGCGAUUUAGCUGUCAUUAUGUACACCAGCGGGUCCACCGGGACUCCGAAAGGGGUAGAAAUGAUGCAUGACAAUAUCAUCUGCACCAUUGCGGGCGUUUUCCGUCGUAUGCCGAAGCUAAAUCCCGAAUCAGACAUCUACAUAGGCUAUCUUCCGUUGGCUCACGUGCUGGAACUUACCUGCGAACUGUGCAUUCUUAUCAUGAGCAUCCCCAUCGGCUACUCGAACCCACAAACCCUUACAAAUACCUCUACGCGCAUCAAGAAGGGCGCUUGUCAGGGUGACAUUAACGUCCUCAAACCCACUCUCUUUGCCACCGUGCCUGUAGUUUUGGAUCGCAUUGCAAAGGCUGUGUGGGAGAAGGUCAAGGAAGGUGGCCCUCUUUUAGAGGCUAUUUUCCACUUUGCCUACGACUACAAGUGCCGUCGUUUGCACACGGGCUUUCCGAGUUUCCUUGUGAACCUCCUCAUCUUCCGCAAGGUGCGUGAUCUCGUCGGUGGUCGUCUGCGCUUACUCGUUUCUGGGGGUGCUCCACUCUCCGAGGAGUCGCAUCUCUUUACAAACGUCUGUUUUGCCCCCAUUAUGCAAGGGUAUGGCCUGACAGAGACGUGCGCUGCUGCCACUCUGAUGGAGUGCGGCGACCUGCGAGGUCAUCACGUAGGCGCGCCAAUCCCAAGCAUUCAGAUUCGAUUGCGUGCCUGGCAGGAGGGCGGCUACUCACCCUACGAUAAACCCUUCCCCCGUGGUGAGAUUCUUAUCGCUGGUGGUAGCGUUAGUCGCGGUUACUACAAGAAUCCUGAAGCUACUGCUGAUGCCUUCUUUACUGACAAAAAUGGUAUCCGCUGGUUCUGUACUGGGGACAUUGGAAUGAUUCACCAGGAUGGUAGUUUCUCAAUCAUUGAUCGCAAGAAAGACUUGGUGAAGCUCCAAGGAGGGGAGUAUGUGUCAUUGGUGAAGGUGGAGCUUGCAUUGAGUCAGUCGGUGUAUGUGGAGAACGUCUGUGUGUACGCAGAUCCACGGGAGAACUACACAAUCUGCUUCAUCUAUCCCAAACUCACUCAGGUACGCAAAUUGGGUGCUGAAUUGGGCCUUCUUGACGCGGCCUCCGAGGCUGCGCAUGCCAGUCUACCGCCGGAUAAGUUGGAGGAAUCGACAGCCGUAUCUCUAGCUGAACACGCCUUCCUUUGCCAUAACCCACAGGUCAUUGAACGAAUCACUGAGGAUGUUCGACGGGUGGGUGGGGCGAAACGGCUCGCAUCUUUUGAGAUUCCACGUAAAGUGGUCUUGGAUCCGGAUCCUUGGACGCCCGAGUCGGGCCUAGUGACGGACGCCUUGAAGAUCAAACGCUUUAACAUCAAGAGAAAAUUCGAGGACGAUAUCAAAAGAAUGUAUGCCGCGUAG